AUGAUCUCUCAACAAUAUUGCAGUCUUUUCCGCAGCUCUUGGAAAGUACAACCUCGCCUGCUUUCUACGAUUCAGACCCGCCUGGCCCUGGGCCACAGUCCCCGCCUUGCCCAGAGUUAUGCCACGCAAAGCAGCCUAGGAGGAAGCAGUGGCUCGUCCCGGAAGCAGGUCUCUAUUGCCAGUGAUGAUGGCAGGGUGCGAUGGGGCGAAUUGACAGCACGCGAAAAGGCAGCAAGAACUACUCAGCAGUCGAUUAAUUUCUUAGCGAUCAUUGCGGGUGUCGUUGGAACCGGUGCUGUUGCAGUCUUUCUUUAUACCGACGUCUUUUCUCCGGAGAGUAAAACAAAUCACUUCAACAGAGCAGUUGACAGAGUAAAGGCCGACUCUCGGUGCGUGGAGCUGCUUGGCGACAGCAAGAAAAUCAAGGCACAUGGUGAGGGUCAAACAACGAGCAACUGGGCGAUGGCGAGACCAAUUGCUUCAACUGUACAGAAGGACCGGACAGGGACGGAGCAUUUGUUGAUGCAUUUUCAUGUCGAAGGCCCAAUUGACAAAGGAGUCGUGAGCCUCCAUAUGACGAAGCGCCCGGGCCAGCACGAGUUCGAGUACAAAUAUCUGGCACUUGACGUGAAGGGACAUCAACGCCUUUAUCUGGAAAAUGCCGAUGCGCGACCAGACGGUUCCGGUAAAUCGAGCGGAAAGCUUUUCGGAGUGCGGUGGUGGUAG